AUGGAUUCCGGCGGCAACAGCGGCAGUCUGCAGUCGUCGAGCGGCGGCGAUGAGGAGUACGACUCUCGGGCCGCCGGAGCCGGAGACUCAUUCUCCGCCUUCAUGGGCGUCGGCGGCGGCCACAUCCCAAACCCGCCGCCGUCGUUCUUCGAUCCCCUCGCAAACUAUCUCCAGCUCCACCACAACACGAACCCACCCCUCCUCGACCCGAACCCGCCAUGGCCACGGACCAAUCCUCCGAGACCAGACCCGACCCCCGCUCCAACGUCCUCCACCGCGCCCGCGCAACCGAACCCGAACCCGAGCCAGUCGGCGCCCCGCAACCCGAAGAAGCGGUCCCGGGCCUCCCGUCGGGCCCCGACAACGGUCCUCACGACCGACACCACCAACUUCCGGGCCAUGGUCCAGGAGUUCACGGGCAUCCCGGCGCCGCCGUUCGACGGCGGCGUCGGCGGCUUCCCCUUCCCCCGCGCCCGUCUCGACCUCUUCGGCCCGUCCCGAUCCGCCGGGUUCUCCCCCCAGCCGCCGACAUCCGCCUACCUACGCCGCCCCUUCGCCCAGAAGAUCCACCCGCCGCCCCUCCCUUUCCUCACCUCCUCCACCACAUCCUCCUCCUCCACCCCAUCCGCCGCCGUCGGCGGCAACUACGAAACCCCACAAAACCUCUUCCAAAACCCAUUCGCCGGCCUCCUCCAAACGAGCCCCAAAUUCCCAUUCUCCGACCAGCCGACCCAGUUCACCUCCGGUGGUGGGCUCAGCUUCAUGCCUUCCGAUCAAAUAUCUCAAAACAACAGCUCAGAAAAGGACAAAGAACAAGGACGGGAUCAACACGGGCUCAACCUCAUGACGUCAUCCUUAAACGGGGGCUACGAUUUUCCGGUCGGCGGCGAUAACAGUAAGACGAGCACCAACUUUCUCGACGGCAGCGGCGGUGGAGGAGGAAAGCGGCUGGAGAAUGCUACUAACAACGCCGCCGGUGAAGGUAUGGUGGAAUCUUGGAUUUGUUCUUCAGAGUAG